AUGGCCGACGAUGCCAUCCCCACGGCUGUCUCUCUCUCCACCUCCACCAUGGCCGACAGCGGUGACAACGACGGCGAUGCCAUCCCCGCAGCCAGCUGGGCCUCCCUCCCACGGGAUCUCGUCGGGCAGAUAAUCUCCCGGCUCACCUGCACCGUCCACUACCUCCGCGCCGUCUUCGCUUGCCGCAGGUGGGCCAAUAUGAACUUCUCCUGGCCUGGCCACCGCCCUCUCCAACCCCCCGUCGCCCUCUUCUGCGAAUUCUUCAGCCGCGGCCCCUACUACAACCCCGCCACCGGCAUCUCCUACUACUUCAGCCACUCAUUACAGGCCGUCAACGACUCCUACUGCUUCGGCGCCUCCCACGGCUGGCUCCUCCUCCUCGGCACCGACUCCUUCAUCCACACAUUCAACCCCGUCACCUCCGACUUAGUCACCCUCCCCCAACUCUUCACUGCCCCCGACAGCAUGCUCCAAUUCCCCGCUGAAUUAUGCGGCAACUAUCUAGUGUUUCCAGACACGUCCGGCAAUCAGGUAGUGCCUGAUGCCGCAGCGGUGACGGUCCAUUGCAGGGACCUAAUUCGCUUAUCCGUCCUCUCCUCUGACCCUGCCGACGACAAGAACUUCACGAUGCUCAUCGUCCUCAACCACAUUGCCGACAUAUACCUCUACUUCCGGAUGGGUGUUGAUGCUGCGUGGGUCCCGAUAACCAUCCCCCUCGCCCACUUCCACUGCUCCGACUUGGCGCCGACGAGGAACAAGAAAAUCUACACCGUCGAUGGCAAGAAGAUGGCCAUGCUCGCCUUCGACCUCUCCGACCCGGCCAGAAACAUCACUGUCUCAUCCUACACAAUAUCUGGCGUGCCGCGACCGCCGUCACCCGAUGCCACAUUCCUACUCGAGUCGGCCAAUGGCUCGCUGCUCCUCGUCAACAAGAUUCGGGAGGUGCGCGCCGAGCCGUACGACGCCGUAUUGGUCGUGUUCAGGCUCGACCUCUCCGCACCGCCACAGGCUAGGGCGCUGCCGGUGGCUGAUAUUGGGGCCGGCAAUGCUUUGUUCAUCUGCGAGGGGGGGUCGGGGUGCUUCGACAUCAGCGCCUUCCCCCGCACGUUCUCGGCGAACCACAUCUACUUUUUCCGGCCGUUCCUAGGCUACGAGGCAGGGCAGGCGUUUGAGGCCGAGACGCUCGGCAUCUUCAGCUUGGAGAAAGGCGAAUUAGCCGCAGAUUCGGGCCGUUUACUGCGGGGGUGGCCAUACCUUAAAUUGGGAAAGGUUCGGUGGUUGUUUUUCAAUUUCAGGUUCAUUAGAUGGUAUAAUAUAGAAAUGGCUUAG